UUUUUAUCUGUGGGAAAUAAUUUUUCAUUUAUUAUCAAUUGGGAGAAUGGCCUGCCUAAGAGUUGUUGCUGUUCUACUUGUGGCAGUACUUUAUGUCACGAUUGUCGAUGGUGCAGCAGUUCGUACAGACAUUUUCGAGAAGUCUCUUCAGGCCAUCGCACAGGAGACCGAAGACGAGAGACUGAGGAUCGAACGUGCAGCCACUACGCUAGCACCAGGAGCCAUCAACCAAACUAUCUGUGGCAAUCAACCUUGUGGAUGGGCAGUCUAUACGCCAUUCAUAAGGCAACUUCAAACGUACAUCUCGAAUACGUGCACGUGUAGUGACAGAACCUUCAAAUGCAUUCGCACGGACGACGACCUUUCGGUGAACGCGUAUGUCUACCACUGUCGUCAGAACGCCACAGAUGACGCCAUCGAGGCACCCGAGAACGCCGACUAAUCAUUUGCCACCACAAUUAGCCAUUUUUUCAUGAAUUUCUUUUCAUUAGCUAGUACCCCUUAUGUGCGUGUGUUCCUCGUAUCAUUCGCUAGUAAUGGAGAAGACAGAGAGGGAAAUGACGAGAAAGUAAGUGACAAAUAUAGACACAUAGGUAGUAAGACACAGUUUUGCUUUACCGUUAGAUUCUAAAUUUGCGAAAGGAAAGAGUCUAGCACCGAUGUCGGUGGCCGAGUGGGCUAGACGCAAGUCUAGUGUGCGGAAGGUUGCGAGUUCGAUCCCGAGGGGAACCGAAUUUUUCAACCUGAGGCUCCGGCGAGCGGGAGGUUGCUAAUAGAGUGAUCGCCUGUACCGACAUGGAUUUCGUGAGGUUUCCUAUGCUACUCCAAUGUUGUGUAGGAGUGCGAAUGCGGCACAGUGUAGAAUCCACAGGCGCAUGCAUAGGGUUGGAUAGAAGUGCCGAGUGGGAUCCGAAAAGGGCUCUGAGG